CUGCACGUCCAAGCAGCGAGCGAGGAAUUGGUAAGAGACGAUCAUGACGUCGUAAAAUAUGGAGAGCGGGCUUUUGCACAGAUGCGUCGGUUCGUUAUCGUCCAGGUGAGGACAGGUUUUGUUUAUGCCUGUCCAAUAACGACAUACUCUGGGAGAGGAACUUUGAAGCCUGGAAUUAACCCUUCGGAACACUCAAUCGUGUACGCCGUCGGGAGCGAGCCUUCGCUAUUCCAUGGCGAGUCUCUUACCAAAGAACCCAUUGCAAUCCAGCUUGCAGAGCCUUGGUCUAGCAUCGACCGCGCGUCGCGCGUUCGGUUUGGAAAAGCAUACCCUGUUGAGAUGAACGUCAAAGUAAGGGACAUUGGCAACGUUAUCCCUGACGAUUUGUCCAAGCUCAUCGCAUACUAUCGAGAGGAGCAGUGGACUUAA